AUGAGCGCAUUGCCAUCGCUGCGCAAACAACAGCUCCUCUCAGAAUUCGCUGGACUUAAGCAAGCAUGUCCUGAGGGCAUAUUUGUUAGUCUAACCCCAGGCGAUGCUACGCUCUGGUCUGGUGUUCUCUUCGUUCGCAAAGGCCCCUAUUGCCCUGCUAUACUCAGAUUUCAAAUAUCAUUCCCCGACUCGUAUCCCCAACUCCCACCUCUGGUCGUCUUCUCAACAGACAUGUUCCAUCCUCUCAUCACACCCUUGACAACAUACAUGUACACAACCGAUAUCCAAGAAAGUGGCACAGUGAGCGCCUCGGAUCAAGAGCGAUUACCACCAGGAGGCUUCAGCUUGCGCCAUGGAUUCUCGGAUUGGUUCGGACGAGGACGACGGAGUAUGGUGGAAGCGAAACAAGCGCCUGUGACGAGUCCUGGUUCGACCGGUAACUCCACAACAUCAGCAAAUCCAUCAUCGGGAACACCUUCUUACAUGCGCACUGGGAAAAAGAGUGUCUCAGCUUAUGAAGUUCUACACUACAUCCGCAGUGCCUUUGACACAGAAGAAGUUCUCGACUCGGUACCCCUCGCGGCGGCAGGAAAUCCAGGAGCUUGGCACGCAUGGAGAACGCACCGCAAAGCAACGGGGAAGUUGGUGGAAGAUACAACUGCAGAGGAGGAGCAGAAAGAACAAGAACAGAGCGAGCAUAGGCCAGAGAGCGUAAAGUCGGGGUCAUCUACGGCUACCCCAAGACGACCUGGAGAGUGGAAUUGGGAUGGGGUCUGGGAGGAUAGAGUCAAGAAGAACGUUUCUGCGAGCUUGUCGGAGCCUGUCCUCUAUGGAGAGACCAAGAAUUCAGACGACCUGAUCAAGUUUCUUGCAAUGGAGGACACUGAUAUCGACUCUGUGAAGGACAACCUGCGUCGAACACUUGGGCAAGCUACAUAA